AUGGCUUCCACGCGACAGAACCCAGAUACGAUCUACGACUUUAUCAUCUGCGGCGGCGGUACCUCAGGCUGUGUGGUUGCUGGCCGGCUCGCAGAGGAUCCCAACGUCAAGAUCCUCGUCAUCGAGGCCGGUCCGGACAGCGAAGGCCUUGAGAAUGUACACAUGGUUGGCGGUUGGUCCCAGAACUUCGACAAGGAGACGGACUGGAAUAUCAUCUCGGAAAAGGGGAAUGCCAUCAACGACCGCCAGGUGAAGCUGAGCCGGGGCAAAUUCCUCGGCGGCAGCUCUGGAUGCAACGGGACGCUGUGCAUCCGCGGCGCCAAGCAGGACUAUGAUGAUUGGGGCCUCGAGGGCUGGAGUGGCGAAGAGUUCUUCAAGUACAUGCGCAAGGCCGAAUCGUUCCACAACAAGCCAUGGUUCAACGCGUCGGCCGAAUCCCACGGCUACGAUGGCCCGCUGCAUACCGAGCCCCACGAUCUAGCCCCCAUCUCAAACCUGCUCCUGGAGUCGAUGCAGUCCAUGGGAUUACCCCUGGACGACGACAUGUUCUCGCACGGCAACAACCCGCACGGGUGCGGACACGUGCCGCGGACUGUCCAUCAGGGGCUUCGCACCACGGCUGCUGACUACAUCACCAAGGGGAACCGCAGGGACAACAUCCACAUUAUGGUUGAGACGCACGUGGACAGGGUGAUGAUUGAGAAAGACGCCAACGGGGAGCUCAGGGCUACAGGAGUCAGGGCAGUCAAGGCAGACGGCAGCGUCGUUGAGGUGACGGCCCGGAAGGAGGUUAUUGUUAGUGGUGGCGCCUACUGCAGCCCCAACAUCCUCAACCGCUCCGGGAUUGGUGCCAAGCAGGAGCUGGAGAAGCACGGCAUUGCGACUCUGGUCGACCUGCCCGGCGUGGGGAAGAAUCUGAUGGACCACUUGAUCGUCUUCAUCUUCUACGAAACCUCCCACCCCAACCUCACCAACGACCACCUAGUCUACCACGGCGACUCCUUCACCCGGACCUACUCCCUCUGGCAGACCCAACGCACCGGCUUCCUGUCCUCCUUCCCCUUCGGCGCCUUUGCCUACGCCCGCCUUGACACCCGCCUAGCCGACUCCCCCCUGUGGACCUCCGCCCCGCGCCUUCCCGGGCGAGACCCCAUGGGCCUUGACCCAGCCAAACAACCCAACAUCGAGUUCUUCACGACGGAAUGCUACGGCGGACCAAAACAAUUCGACCGCUUCCCCAAAGACGGCCAGCACGUGUUCAGCAUUAUCGCCGAGCUCUUUGCCCCGCGGUCCAGGGGGAGUGUAACCCUGCGGAGCACAGAUCCGUUGGCAAAUCCCGUGGUGGAUUGUAGCUACCUCGCUGAUCCGCUGGAUGUGGAGGUGCUUGCCGAGGCGUGCCGGUUUGGGAAUGAGAUUGUUAUGCAGGGGAAAGGUACGAAGGGGAUUGUUAAGGGGUCGUGGCCGCCGGAGUGUAGGCAUCAUGAGUUUGAAAGCAGGGAGGAGUGGGUGGGGUUUGUGAAGGAGAAUGCUACGACUUGCUACCACGCCGGCGGUACCUGUGCCAUGGGCAAGGCAUCCGACCCUAACGCUGUCGUUGACGAGAAGCUGUGCGUCAGGGGUGUCAAGGGGCUCAGGGUCGCGGAUUGCAGCAUUAUGCCCACGUUGCACGGCGGUCACACCCAGAUGCCGGCAUACGGGAUUGGUGAGAAGGCUGCGGACUUGAUCAAGGAGACGUGGGGUUUG